UUCAUCAUUGGUUCUUUCAUCGUUGAAAUUCCCAAGAAGUUAAGAUGUCUAAGCUGACAAUCUUAGCAGGCUUGUGCCUUGUGUUGUGCCAGUUGGGUGCUUCCAACUCAGUUUCCACCGCAGCUGCAGCCUCUCCCAAGAUGGUGUGCUACUUCACCAAUUGGUCUCAGUACAGACCAGACAAAGGGAAGUACAAGCCUGAGAACGUGGACCCCCACCUGUGCACUCACCUGAUCUACGCUUUCUCCAUCAUCAACAGCCGCAACGAGCUGGUCACCUACGAGUGGAACGAUGACGUCCUCUACAAGUCCUUCAACGCCUUGAAGAACAAGAACCCUCAUCUUAAGACUCUGCUGGCUGUCGGAGGAUGGAACUUCGGUUCUUCCCAGUUCUCCAUCAUGGUGAGCAAUGCUGCCAACCGUAAGACAUUCAUCCAGUCGUCCAUCAGCUUCCUGAGGACUCAUGGCUUUGACGGGCUGGACCUGGACUGGGAGUACCCUGGAUCGCGAGGGAGCCCCCCAGAGGACAAGAAGAGGUUCACUCUGCUCUGCCAGGAGCUUGUGGCUGCCUACGCAGCUGAGGCCAAGUCCACCGGCUAUGCCCAGCUCAUGCUAACCGCUGCCGUGUCCGCUGGAAAGGGAACCAUCGACUCUGGAUAUGAGAUUGCCGAGAUCGCCAAGUCUCUAGACUUCAUCAACGUGAUGACCUACGACUUCCACGGAACUUGGGAGCGAUUCACUGGACACAACAGCCCACUCUACCAAGGAGCUCAUGACAAGGGAGACCUUAUCUUCUUCAACACUGACUACGCCAUGAAGUACUGGAGAGACAAUGGCACCCCAGUGGAGAAGCUGAACAUGGGCUUCGCCUCCUAUGGUCGUACCUUCCGCCUGACAUCAUCUGACAGCAGUGUUGGAGCACCAGCUAGUGGCCCCGCCUCCGCCGGGCCCUACACCCGCGAGGCUGGCUUCUGGGCCUACUAUGAGAUCUGCACAUUUGUGAAGGGCACAACAGUUGAGAUGAUUGCAGACCAGAUGGUUCCUUACGCCUACAAGGGCAAUGAGUGGGUUGGCUUUGACAACAGGCAGAGCUACGAGACCAAGGUCCGCUACAUGAAGGAAAACAAGUUUGGCGGUGCCUUCGUCUGGGCCCUGGAUCUUGAUGACUUCGCCAACCAGUUCUGCAACGAGGGUAACCACCCUCUGCUGGGACAUCUGCGCAACCUUCUUGACAUCGAGCUGCCCCCUCUGCCCCCAACCACCACCCCCAAACCUGGCUCAGUCACCACCACACACCCCACCACUACACACCCCACCACCACACGCCCCACCACCCACGCCCCUGGGACCGGCUUCUGCAACGGCAAGCCUGAUGGCAUCUACGCCAACCCAGAGGACAACAACUCCUUCUACAUGUGCGCUGGUGGCAUCACUAGCCUCAGGAAAUGUGGCAGCGGCACCAUCUUCGACGAAAGCUGCAUGUGCUGUGUGUGGCCUUGAGCGUGUUGUGAAGGAGUGAGGGUGUGAAUUUAUGAUUUAUGAUUUUAAUUUGGAUCCCCAUUAGCUGUUGAAGAAAAAGCAGCUAUUCUUCCUGGGGUCCAUUAGCAUCAUUAAUGCUAACGCUUCAAGUGUUACUGUGGUGCUAAAAAAGGUUUUGGGUAAGAAUGAUUUCUGUGGACAAUGAUUGAGAUUCAUUUAGUUGAGAUUUGCAUUUUAGUUUAGAAUAGAAGCAUUUAAAUAAAAAAUAUUUUUCCUGCUUUA